GCCGUUCUCAUUAUGCCAGCUCCGAGCACAUUCUUAACCCUGCAUUGCAUGAUUCUCAGCCGGAAAUAUCGUUCCCUCUUCCUUCCAUCUCCAUCGAAUGGAUUCGAAAUACUCUGCCGACACUGUAGCGGCCGCUAGGAGUCUCCAAAUCUUUACGUUCAUCUACACGUCGAUGGCUACAUUUUGGAUAUACGACUAUGUCUGCUCAAUCCAUGAGGAGGGAAUAUUUUUGCUUUAUUCCCGCUUGAACAGGGUCAAAUUUUUGUACGUUGUGACACGAUAUGUGCCUUUCCUUCUUUUUGUUGCGCACUUGUAUUUGAACUUCGUCCCAGACGAGACUUCUAAUACAUGCCAAAUUGUCAACAACAUUUGCUCAACUUUUAGCCUAAUAUCCAUUGUCUGCUCAGAAUGUUUCUUCAUCCUCAGGACUUACGCGCUGUGGAAUAACAAUAAGGUCGUUUUGGUAGCUAUGCUAUCAACUUUUGCAGUUGUAAUUGUGGGGUCCAUAGUUGCCCUCUUUUCCGCCACUGCGGCUGCGCCGUGUAUGAAUUACUCCCUAUGCCUGUCUGGUAAUUUUGAUCCAGUUUUCAUUUCACAGUUGAAACCAGUCCAAUUCCAGGUAUCACAGGCUGUUAUCAGUCCAUAGGAAGCGUCAGGCUUUUUGUCCCUUUCCUUCUUUUGUUCGGACUAGAAUUUACGCUGAUUUCCCUCACACUCACAUGCACCAUACGAAAUUGGCGUACAACCAACAACCGUUUGUAUGUUG